GAUAUUUUACCUGGCAUCUCUGAUCUCUGCUGAUGUCAACUGCUAACAAAAAUAAUUUAUUUAUCCUGCCUGAAAAACUUGGAUUUGUUCACUUGGCAUGCCUCUAAUAAUAAUAACUGGUUAUCCUACAAGUGGAAAAUCUUUUCGAGCUGCUCAGUUACAAAAAAUUCUUGAAAAUCGGGGUAAAAAUGUACAUGUAGUAUCUGAAUUAUGCUUCAUUAAACUGGCGGGUUUUGAUAAAAAUGAGCACUAUCGUGAUUCACAGAAAGAGAAACUAGUUCGUAGUAAUAUGAAAUCGCAGGCUUUACGAUUAUUAAAUAGAGAUGAUGUGGUUAUUUUAGACGGAGCUAAUUAUAUAAAAGGAUUUCGAUAUGAAAUAUUUUGUGCCAGUAAAGCUUCCAGAACCACUCAGUGUACAUUACAUUGUGCGAUAACAUGUGAACAGGCGUGGGCUUUCAACCGAAUAAAAGGGAUGGAAAAUUAUCACAAAGAUGUGUUCGAUGCUCUUUGUCUUAGGUAUGAAGAACCUCAACAGCAAAAUCGAUGGGAUAGACCUCUCUUUACAAUUUUCCCAGAAGAAGAAUUAGAGGAAGAGAACAUUUUAAAUGCACUUUAUCAUCAAACAGCUUUAGCUCCCAACUUAUCGACACAAAACCCCCCUCUAAGUUCUACAAACUACCUGUUUGAAAUGGACAAUAUUACACAGGAUAUCAUUGCCCGUGUGAUGUCGGCACGUAAACUCGGUUUGGUGGGUCCGGUCAAUGUGAACAACGGUUCGUCAGUAGACAUUCCAUCUGAUAUCAAUGCUUCGCAAAUGAAUCGCCUUCGGAGACAGUUCUUAAACUACAUGAAACAACACACGACUGCUGACUCCAAAAUCGAAAAACUCCCUUCAAUGUUUGUACAAUUUAUAAAUUCUAAUUUUAAGUAAUUGGCAAUUAAAACAAGUUUCAAGUAA